AAUUGGAGGCCCAUAAACAACUAAUUGGGCUUUAGGCCCAAAUAGCCGACGCGCGCGCUCUUAGACGCCAACAAAUUUCAGCAGAUUUCGAAAUUUGAGGGAAAUUGAAAUCGAAAUCGAAACUGAUAGAUAGGCGCUUGUUCUUUCUCUUCUCUUUGUUCGUUUCUUGCUCGAUUUGGUUUUUCAUGGAGUCAAUUGCAGCAGCCGUAGCGACAGUCUCUCUAGAAGAAGACGAUUGGGAGCUUUGCAACGAUGAUGGCUUCGUCUAUAAGCGGAAAAGGCGCCGGCUCGACCCAGCGGAAGCCGUCGCAGCUCGCUCGUCGGUGGCUCAGGCCGUGGACCUUGAGGCGGAGGAGAAUCGGCGACGAGAGGGCAGGAGGAAGACGUUGUUGAAGGUUAGAGCAAAGUACCAGAGAGAAAUGGAGCAGUGGGAGGUUUUGUCGGGCAAUUUGCGGGAGAUGGAGGAGAGGACUCGGAAGUUGCAGGAACAGUACCGACGGGAUGGGGAAGAAGGAACGGCGUCGCUUCUUGAAGCUUCCUCGUUGACUGUAGUUCGGGAGAAGGAGGUUUCUUGCGCGUCAAUGGUGGACGAUCUUCUCUCUCAGGUGGAAGCUCAGGAAGCCAUCAUUCACAAUGUUUCAAGGUUUUGUGAUAUAGCUGAAGCAUUGUGCCAGACGGAAGAAGACCGAUUCAAACAGUGUUUAAUCGAUCUUCCCAUUUGGAGUUCACCUCGCGAGCUCAUGGCCUCAUUGUGCGACGAGUAACUAUGCAGACAACGCAGAAAAACAGAAAACUGGGGACCUUCCAUUUGUAAGAUCUUGCAGUGUAAAAUCUGAUUUAAAUCCUAUGAAAUCACCAAAAUGUAGCCUACUUGUGGAGAUCACAUUGAUGGUGAACCUUUUAAGUGUGUGCCUCUCCCCCAUUACUCAUCAUGCUCGAUGACUUGGUCAAUUGUCGAUAUUCCAACAAUCUCAAUUUGUAGAAAUGUCGAUGAAAAUAUUGACA